AUGCCGCAAUAUGCCCGUCAAAUGGUACACUGCCUGAAGGCUGGAGACUAUGUUCGAGGAGGACCAUACAUUCUUGAGACACUGAUCAAUUACACGGUGCUGGAACUUAUGAUGACAUCUCCCUCCCCGAGUGUCCAUUCAGGGAUGUAUGCAACAACAGGGCUGAUGACGCAGAUCGCCUUUCGCAUGGGCUACCACCGUGACCCGUGCCACUUCCCCCAGAUAUCUUGUUUCGAAGGCGAGAUGCGGCGGCGAAUCUGGGCCACGAUCCAUAUCUUGGAUACCUCAAUGUCUGUGCUCAGUGGCUCACCAAGGGUCAUAGCUGAAGGGUCGUGGGACACCAAACCGCCUCGGAACCUGCACGACGGUGACCUCGAUCCAAGCUGCACUACUCUUCCUGAGUCACGCCCAGACUCCGAACUUACUCCAGUGUCAUGCCCACUGGCCAGGUAUAAGCUGAGUCUCACCGUCGGUUGGCUGAUCGACGCCAACGUUUUUCAAGGUCUCAUACUGCCUUCUGAGAAGCGACACGCAGAGGCCCGCCUUGCAGAGACGUGGAACGCCAUUCCGGAUAGAUUCAAGUUUGAAUCGCUGAGCAAUUGUCUUUCCGAGUCCCCAGCAGGAGUAGGGCAACGAAUAGGCCUCACCACCCUCUACAACAAGAUGUACAUAAUGCUACACAUAUCUCACCUUCUCAAGAGCCCCGGAUCGGCCGUCGAUGGAGACCCUCCUGCGGAAGAGGAUGUCGAGUAUCAACUGCACUCACGACGUAAAUGUAUACAAGCAGCCCUACAAAACGUAGAGUUAUUCAUUAUCAUGGAGACGGAAUCUCGGCCCGGUGGCGCUCUGACUGUGCUGAGGAAUAAGAUGUCUCUACUCGCAGUGCACGAGGCCCUCGUUGCAACGGCGGUUCUCAGCACAUUCCUCUAUCAUUUCGGAACAUGGCCUGCGACGGCCGGCGAGACCGACGGUAUUGACAUGACGCACAUCGAGGCUACGUUGAGGAAUUGCAGGGACACGUGGGUGCGAUGGAGUGAGUGGUCGUCAGACGCCAGAAGGGCUGUAGAAUUGCUGGCCCUGGUGUUCCAGAAGCUGGAUGGGAGCAUGGAGACGGUGCCGAUGAGUGAAUUCUCACUGGCUUUGGAUGGUAUGGGCUUGAAUUUUGGCUGGGAUAUUGUGUAUUUAUGA